AUGACGACGCCGGCGAUGCCGCCUCGGCCUGCAGCUACGGCUGAUCCUCCUUCGGUCGAGGAAACCAACGGUCCUACAGGGGCGGAAGGUGCGCGAUAUAGUCGUAAACGGAAGAGAGAUGAACCAGAAUCGCCAAAACUACGAGGACAUUUUCUCGAAGUCGACGAAAACGAUAUUGUCAGAUCUGUCCUUGUCGAUCCUGACCAUGUGUCGGGAGAAAUUGAGAUACCAAUCGAUGAGGCCGUCAAAGUUUCUCCGCGUAAGACUAGUCACAAUCCAAUUCAAUGGCGAUCGCAUAGCGAAGUCGCCAUCGAGGUUCGAGAGUUUAAGCAAGCACUGGCUCUUCACGAUUUGGUGGACGAGGACAACGUUCACCUCAUGGUUGUUACUCGAGAUCACGUUAUUAUCCAAGGUCAAGUUGACCAGGUAAUAGAAAUGUAUCACACCGUAGGGCAGUCAUUGGGCUUCAGUAAGGAGCCGAUAUGUUGCUGCCUGCAGCAAGUAUCAGGACAACGAAAUCUUUUACGCCGACAGGAGCACAGAAAGGGGGGAUUGGUCAAUAUCCAUUACGAGUAUAUACCGAUGGACUGGAAGAAAGCGAACCAAUUGAUGAGCAAGGAAUUUCCUUUGAUUGAUUAUUAUGAGUCGCUGGUGGUUUUGGAGGUUCGACUGGCAGACGAAUCACCACAAGGAAAGUUGAAACCUGGGCGCCGACUAGUACCUGUCCCGACUACCUUGACACCUGCAUUUAUGAGGGAGGCUUAG